AAUGGCGGUCACUGGAUGUUUCAAGACCUAACACGAAUUACAAUUCCUCCUUUGAAUUGUUUUGGGUUGAGAAUUUGAUUCUUAGAGUUCCAACAUGAACUCAGACUUACUCUUAAAGAUUUGACCCGUUUGGAUAUUACUAUUUCUGUGGCAGUGAAGCUUCGAACUACGCAAGAGCAAAGGCUUGCAUUUCAAAAGCAUCAUGAAAGUGAAACUUGAGGUGCUUGCCUCCACAAACAUCAAGAGGACAAAACCAUGGCCAAAAAUUGUUUGGCUUGGCAAGGAACGAGAAAGUUUGUUUUUGCUGGAUGAGAAGCGUAUCAGUGUUCUCUACAUCCCCUCUGGGAAGACCAAGAGGAGUGUGCCGAAACUCUCGGGCCUUUUGUCAAGCACAGUUUAUUUGACUUCAACUCCUGGAGGUUCCCAUUUGGUUGGUGUCCAAACAUCAGGCGAGGUGUUUGUGUGGCACAAGGAUAGAGAUGAUCUCAAGACUAUUUGUGGACUUGCUAGUUUGCUCUUAGACAAUAAUAUUACUUUAGGAGAUGGCUGCAAAGCUUUUCCCUCUCCGGACUGUUCACAAGUCUUACUGGUGUUGGGAAACCAGAACAUUUUCCUGUGGCAAAGAGAACUCUCGGCCACAGAUGCCAAAAACAACACCUUGUUGGGCAAGUGGUUCAAGAUUUCUACUUCUCUUCAAGUUCAACUGCCCUCUUCCCAGACGAAGGAAGUCAGCAUGGAUUCUGUGUACACCAGCUCGGAGGUGUUUGGAGACUCCUGUCAGCUCAGUAUUGUCUACACCCAGAAAGGAAAUCUUACAGUUUGCUCCAUGUUCCUAAGGUUUAACAGAGAUGAACUGACUGGGCAACCUUCAGAAACGGAUCCUGCUGUAUCAAUAGAGUGGACAAGUUUGUUGUAUCCAGUCAAGAACAUUCAAGAAGGCUGUGAACCAAUCAAUAUGCGAGGGGCGUAUGUCUGUCAUUACUCUCAUGACGGCCAGAUUCUGGCAGUUGGUGUUAAUCAGAAGUCUCCAGCCCAGACGAGUGUGUUGUUUGUGUCACCUUUCACAGAAACAGUUCUUGUCUCCGACAUGAGAGGCUGUGGCUUGAAAGAGCCUGGAGCUAAAAGAGGACGGCAAUACUGGAUUUCAGACAUGAGCUGGACAAGUGACAAUCUAUUUUUAGCCAUCAUGCUCCGUAAUGGUUGUGCUGGUUUGCUGUCUCGGCUUGGGGAACCGCUGGUCGUAUUCUCCAAAGGUUGCUCUGUUGAAAUGGGUCCUGCAUAUUUCCUGCCCCUUUCACCUCUUAUAUCUGUGCAGUCUGACCGCCAGGGCCAGAAUAUAAGCAGUGACCUUCUUCCCUCGGCCAACUCUGAGAUGGAUCCGUUGCACCAACGUUUCUCUGUUUCCUCUCACCCCACGUUGCCGAUCCUGCUCUUCUCCGAUGGCUACUUGGUCAUCAUUAUCCAGCUGCCCUCAGAGUUGAGCCCGGUUAUCUUCAUGAGAGACCUGGUUUUGGAGUCAUCCGCUCAUCUCAAGCAAAUAGCGGAGACACAUAGACUGGACCUUACCCUGCCCAGUGCCUACAAUUUGCCCUCGGGUGAGUUGGAAAGUGUUAAACCCUCCCCUCGAGGCCAGAAGCAGAUGAGACCUGGUCGCAUCAAUGUGCCUUACUCGUUCGAGGAUCCAAGCGUGAGUCUGAAUGAGACCAUCGAUAGUGAGGUGAGUUUUGCCCUUGGAGAAGACGCAUCCUCUGUUGCCCAGUCUGGCGCAGUGCGUAACGCCAACUCGGGAAAGAUAAUCUUCUCGGAACCCGAUUAUUUGGAGGUGACCGAGGGAUCAUUUCUCUCGGAGCCCAACUCUUCCAUGAAAGCCCUGCAACUGGCAAGGAUCAGCCUCUUCAAUGUGUGGAAACUGGCAGCAACUACGUCGGACGUGUGGUCGGCAAAUCUGGACAAGAUAGUAAACCACGCCGUGCACAACAUCGUGAAGCUGUUCUCCCUGGUGUUAGAUUGUCCUCAGAUCAAGGAUCUCCUGGAUGCAGCAACAGAACAGCACGGAAAGCCGCCUGCUGUACAGACUGCAAGUCUUUUCAAGGUAAUCUCUAUGUACAGACAGCUGAUGGACUUGGUCCAGUUCGACUGCCGCCAGCACCAUCUGAUGGCUUCUGUUCUGCAACUGUCCCACAAGACUUUACUCACUAUUCUGAGUAGCGUGGGGCUGGAGAUGAGUGACUCCCGUGUCAAGACCCUCACCGGCUGCUUUACGCUGCUUAAGUUCACGGAGAAGAGCAUGCAGCACACGUACGUGGCCAUCCCCAAGUCUCUGCAGUCGCGGGGCGUCACUCCGCGCGUCACUAUGGGAGAGGGAGAUAACCAGAUGCAGAUACGCGAGGGCGAGGGUCUCCACUCGGAGGUGCAGCUGGCGAAAAGGUUAACGUCGACCUGGAAGCUGCUGUACAAAUCCGUGUCUCAGUACUUGACGGGUCAGGGGGUCAGCGCAGCUGAUGUGAGGCAGGCUCAGACCCUACAGUCGGCCAUACAGCAGUGUCUGGUGGAGCUGGAUGCUGAUGUGCCCCACAUUCAAACUCCAAAAGUCAACCAUGGCAACAUGUGUCCCUGUUUUGUGGUUGUAGGUGAAAAGCUCAGUCUUGAUGGGAAACACACUCUGGCAAUGAAUGCUUGGAAAGAUCAGUUGCAGAGAUACCAAGAAUUUGGCAAUGUGAAGAAUGCUGCCCGGCUAUUCCACUCGCUGCUCUACACCUACAUCCUGCGCAAUGAUCUGACGGCUGCCGUGUCGUUCGUGGACAAUCUCAUCGUGAAGGCAAACUCUGGAGUUGCGGAGGAGCUGGAUCCUGAGAGAGGCGCUCACAGUCGGGACAUUCGGCCGUCUCUGAUGACCUUUGUCACCAGCACUCUUCGAUCCCAGGCAUUUCACGAGCCGGACAUGGUGCCAUGUAUCCGAGACCGUGCCAUCAGGCAAGUGGUGCAGUCCAUGGCCAGAUUUAUGGCGGCGUACUUCAGCAAUCAGACAGUGUUUAUCUUUCCGCCUCACAACCCCACCCCGCUACCAGCCGUGCACUUUGAGACAGCCAUUGCCAAUCAUCACAUUAUCCCCAAAUACCAUGAAGAUCUGGCAGCCAUUGUUAGACAUCAGAAGCUGAGCUCUAUCUGGACCGUGGAACGCACCCUGGAGUACCUGCUGCUUAGCGGCCUUGUCUGUGAGGCUGUGUGGUUCGCCGAUCGCAUGGGUGAUUGGAAGGCAGCCUAUCAGCUGUCUGUAUCUCACACACUCCAUCGCCACUUGGCCAGCAGAUUGUACGCUAAAGCAAAGAAGCCUUUGAUGCUACCUGACUGGCUUACUCCUGAUGCCAUAAUGAAGAGGCAGAUGGGAAAAUUUGUGAAAGACGACUUGCUGAUGGCCGCCAUGAGUUCGGACGUGACACGCCUGACGAAAGUCCUGGAGGACAUCUCCCUGGCUGGUGUGAUGGGCUUUGUGGACGUCGGCUCCUGGCUUCUGGACUCGCUGGUCACUCGGCUGAAGGAGGUGGUCAAACAGUUCAGCCCGCUGGUCACUAAAGACUUUUACCUGCCAGCCCCACCCCUGUACUGCCCUCAGCCUCCAAGGACUGAUAAGGCCCGUUACUCUAUGGAAGCCGAAGAUGAGAUGCAACUGCGUCAAAAAGCCGCUUCUUUGAUCCAGCUGGCGCUGUGCGUGAUGAACGCAACUCACCUGUCUGUGCCGUCCGUGAUCUGGUACGUGCAGGUUCUAGAGUCCGUGCAGAAAAAGGCCACACAGUUCAAGGCCAACACAGAGGGUCCCUGCCUGGACCUGCCCGACGUGCUGUACCAGUACCAGCUGAUGGAGUCCGAGUUCCCCUACCCUUGUGAGGACGCCUCCAUCAAGUCAGUCCUGUCGAGUUUCCGGGAGUUCUGCUCGCUCGUCUGGUUACUCCAUGCCAGGGACCAGCUGUCCAUCAACCUCCGAGAGCGGGAGAAGUUUCUCAGCCUGGGUGUGGAUGUGGACAAUGAGGAGGAAUGGCUACGUAAAUGUUUCACCACCCUGCAGUGGGCUGUUCACUUGGUGGCCUUCAGCAGGUUUCUCUCGGAUGAAGCCAGUGUCUAUAAGGUUGUGAUGUCGCUGUUGCUCGACCUCCCCGCCACAGAAGACACGGCCAACAUCCUGGCCGAGCACCUGUAUGACACGGAGAACCUGCACCCUGAGGUCCAGGAGAGGCUGGAGCGGCUGCUCAACUCCUGGCAGGGUGUGAUUCUGGUGCCAGAGGCAGAUGGAAGAUCUGUGGGGGACAGCCUGGAGAUGGAUGAGGAUGGUCGCAAGUCGGUCACUUUCCUGGGAGCCAGUCCUAGAGGGAAAAGUCUCAGUGUUUACUUCCAUAAACAAUGCAUGAUUAUGGACAAAGUACUGAAGAAAAAGAGUAAGUGCUAUGGUUCAUAUGAGGAGUUCGUCUUCAAUGUCAGUCACAAAGAUUCAAGAAAAGGACGACUAGAUAUUGGUUCUUGGCCUUUUGAAACAAAGAAGUCCUACUUGGACUUUCUCGAUACCUUUGUAUCCAUCAGCUUCAGCAAAGUCCUUGACAUCAUGGACGAGAAGGGCAGAGAUGCCAGCCUCCCUUUCCUGCGAGUGUUUGCCAAAGAUAUCGUGGACAGAGAAAUGUCGUUUUUUGUCCAACGUGUGGCCAGUUCUGCUCACAAGAAACAAAAAGGUCUUUCUGUCUUUUCUGGUGACUCACAAGCUCAAGAGAGGGGGCGGGGCGGUGAGAGGGGUCCGGGCAGCCCUUCUCGCAGGACACGGAGUCGCGACCCAGAGGUGCCUGGUCGAACGUCAGGACGAAUGUUCAGACAGGAGGUUGAGGACGAUCAAGGUCAAGAGGUCGGCCCGAAGGGUCAACACCCUGUGGGGUUGUUCCGAGGCAAGAGUAUGAUGGACGCCCCACUAGAGAGGACACAUGCUACUGUCAGAAGGUAUGAAAGUGAACCAGGAUUGGACGAGUUGAAUAAUUUCAUCCUGGUCGGCUAUCAAGAUUCUCUGCCUCACCCAUCGUCACAUGCUGGGGGAAGUCACCAAAACCUGUCGCACAUGGCCUCCCGGUUCACCCAAUCGGAGGACAACCUGUACAGCAGUCUGGGUAGCCGGGAGCAAGAGGGCCAGUAUUGGUCGCUGACGGUGAACUUUGGGAAGAAGUACACGACGCUGCAGCAGCUGCUGGAGUGGCUGGAGAUGUGGGGCAACAAGUCGCACGCUCUCGGCAUGGUGAACCACGAGGAGGUGCUAGAGAUUGCUCCCAAGAUGAGACUUGGUAUUCCGGCCCAGCUGACAGUUCUAGCCCUAUGGCUGUUGGAACACAAGUACAGCAGGAGCACGGAGGAAGAGGUCAGGGCGGAGCGCACCAGCAGGGGUCGGAGGGCGCGCAGACUCAGCCGCAGUCCAAUGCGAAGGCAGUCGCCCAGCCCUAGUAGAAGAAACUCAUCUAUGUCAAGAUCUGGUACUCCGCCUCGGUACCCAGAACCCUCCAUAGUUCGUCAGGCAAGCCCCGUGAGACAGUCCCCAUACGGAACACCGGUGUCAUCAGCGGUCAAUAGCGGGGGCGGUGGUGGACCGGGUGGACCGGUGCCGCGGCCCAGGCACAUCUCCCCGGUGGAGGGAACUGCCAGUGUGCACGAGGAGACGGCUCUCAGGCACUCCCUACAGGCCAUGUCUCUAGAGCAUGACCAGAUCAUUGACGCCUACACACAAGUCCUGGACGGCCCUGAGGACAGUAGUUCUAUUGGAGUGAGCUCCCUUGCCUCAGAUGAACUGGAUGGAGACUUGAAGAACACGCUGAACGCUCUACGCGGAGGGUCUCCUGAGAGAGGGACAGGGGGAGUGCCCCAGCCUAAGGACAGCAGCACACCAGUGAAACCGGAGAGUACACCAGGAGCCCAGACACCCAACCUGUCCCCCCCACCAGCCAGCCACAAGAGCAACCACAGCCAGGCUGACAGCCUGAGGCAGCCUCUUCCCACUGCGCCAUCGCCGAGGAGAGCAGCAUCGCCCAGGAGAGUGGUAAUGGGCAGCCAGUCACAGAAUGGCUUUGGUGGAGAUGUGGCGAGUCAGCUGCAAGGAAUCAUCCGGGGAGAGUUGAGACGCAUCUUUGAGGUCCAGCACCGUGGUAUGCUUGCGCUGAUGGGUGCAGUGGACGGGGCUCCCCUCCCAGGCUCCCCAGUACCGGAGGUUUUCCCGCCCAGCCUGGCACAACAGACCUCCAACAAUGUCCACCAUGCCGCCUCUCCUCAGCGGGCGGUCAGGUCUCAGCAGCCUCACGUUGGGAACUCCCCGUCCAGAAAUGUGGCCGGGUGGAGCGAUGAUGACACAAUCGCUCAGACAAUCAGUUUUCACGAAGAGCUAGUGUCUCAGUCGUCAGCCAAGCAGCUGAGUCACUCUCGCAGGCGGUCGAGCAAGAGCAAGCAGAGCGGCCACAUGAGGGAAGCCUUGUCUGAGCUUCAGAACCUUCAGGCCGAAACUACUCAGGUUCCCCACCCUGGAGGUCGACAUUUGUCCGCCUCACACAGUGAACAGAUCAGCCAGAGAGCCCAACAAGUCUUCUCUAGUUAUCCAGGACCUCCAUCCGGCAGUGCUGGAGAAAACAUCCAUCUUCCAUAUCUUCCGUUCCAAGCCUGGACCUCGUCCGGUGUUGCCCCGACCCACAACCAGGGACCUGGUGUGCCCAAACUGCCUCUGCUGCGCGUUGACCCACCCACACAGGAACAUGAACCAUUUCAGAAUCUGCGCAGAUUUUUAUCUCAAGUGCCUCCACCUGCUCCUCCUCAGUUUCAUUCUCAAUCACAUUACGCUUCGCAUUCUUCCCCUCGUCCUCCUCCUUUCUCUCUCAUGCCUCCUCAAGCACAACAGCAGGCUUCAUCAUCCUUUACGGCGCCCCGACCGUCAGAUCAGCCGCUGCCUUUCCUCCAGCGGUAUCCCCCGCCUCCCUAUGAACAGAGGCCCCUCCCUCUACUGUCAGCUCCAGCCGAGCAGACAUCAGCAUCGGCUCCGUCUGGCUUCCCACUCCUGAGGAUUCUUCCGCCAGGUGUGUCGUACGGUGCCAGCGAGGCAGAUCUAGCGCGCCAGAGACAGAGCAACGUGGUGGAGGAGACGCGGCACAGGCUGCUGAGACAGUUCCAGGAGCAGAUCAUGCAGGGCCGAGAGGAGGCCGCACAGCACGCAGCCGGACAGCAGCUGUUGCAUCUAGAGGGCUCUGAGGAGCUUCGGAAAUCUCUGGAGUCGAUGCGGUCCCAGUCCUUGAGGUCUCAAUCUCUGCGGUCUCAGACCUCGGAGAGAACUUUGUCGGAGAGAGAAGGAUCUCGGGCAGAGCAAGAGGAUGUCGCUGAGGAGGAGGAAGGGAAAGAAGAAGAUGGGCGAUCCAAAUCAGCAAGUCCCAGACGUCCAGUGGCCACAGGUGCUGAUGUUGCUGGCAUGGACGCUCCUGUCAGCGAUGGAUUUGCUCUGCCAACUGGUAUAUUUGAGAGCUAUCUGAAGCUUGGCGAGAACUUGUUUGGUCCGGAGGUCAAUGAGACAAACUCGGCACUGCACAUGCAGUUGGCACAAGCCAUGCACAGGCAUGCUGCCAAACGGGUCAAGGCCAAGGUGGACUUCAGCACCAUGACCCAGGAGCAGGUGGACGCAGCCAUGGCCACUGAUCCCGCCAUGGAGGUUGUGAGGACUGCUGAGGCAGCCACCUCCAUCACCAAGGACACAGGUUCGGAUCCUAUCGAGGAGGCAUUGCGUGAGUACGACCUGAAGCGUCACAACAACCUGGUGCCUCCGGACAUCUUCAUGGGGCUACGCUUCGCUGACCAGGACUCACAGAGCGGGGUGGCUGCUCAUGCAGCGCCCAGCGACCCUACUGGAAGAGGCCGGGCGUUCUUGAAUGUGGUGGACAUCAGAGCGUCAUCAGUUCUGAAGGACAUCCCGGACAGAACCAAGGCCCAGGAGGCGGCUGUGGACCAGGACAAACUGGACACUGCUGUGUUGGCCUCGGAGAGGACUGCUCACCAGAUAGACGCCAUGGAGGAGACGCUGAGGGAGAAGUUUGCCCCCAGAGACUCGAGAGCUCCACCCCGGGGCUACGACUCUGUGACGGUCAAACUGUUUGACGGACUUAAACCUCGGGAUGACUCUCUGUCUGUGGCCGUGUUACCGCGCAGCAGCGUUUCGGAGCCCAAGUCUUCCAUGAUUCGACGACUCCGGGACAUGACCGACCAAAUCAAAGCCAUCGACGAAAUGUCGCAGAACAUUGAGAGGGAUUUCAAGUCUUCUCAUUUGCUUUUGGAUACUAUUCAAGAUGUGAAUGCGUCCAUAUCGGUGCAGAGGUCGAGAUCCCCCAGUCCGGAGAGGUCAAGGCGAAAGAAACACAAAGAACUGAGAUACUCUUUGGAAGGAGAAGAAGAUGAAGAAGAGGAGCAGGAGAGAAGUGGAAAGGGAGUCCCUGCUCCGAAGACAUCGGCCAGGUCUCCACUAGUGAGCGCACGCUCCGCAAAGUCCAGAGGCACACUCAGCUCUCGCAGCGGUGGAGGACUGACCACAUCUGCAGGCAGUGAGCUCACAGACCUAAUCGGGGAGGUGCUGGCAGAGGAGGGCGUUGACCUCCAGACGGCCGGUUUCUCCCAGGAGAUAGCAGAGCAGUUAGAGAAAGACGCCAGGGAGCAGAUGCAGAGGGAUGGAAAAUACGGCAAGGUGACUCCCCGCGAGAAACUCCUCAGUGUGAAGAAGGCGGAUGAGCAGCUGAGGAAGAGGACGUCUGCGGAGAGGGAGGAGCUGAAACAGUGGAUGACGGAGAAGUUCCAUCAGAGGCACGAGGAGUACAGGAAGAGGAGGACGGAGAUGAUAGAGAGAGAGCCCAAGCCUUUUAAGUCUCAGGCGGUGGUGUCUACACUGAACCUAAAGAACAUGGAAGAGGAGAUCCACCAGCGGCGGAAGGACAUGAUGUCUGAGUUCAUGGACCAGCGGCUGAUGGAGGCUGAGCACCUCAUGGGCGACAUCCUGGUGGACAAACCCGCGCUGCCAUGGGAUGGAGGCGAGAUGUACUCAGCUCGCUCGCCGUCCAGGUCACCAAGACGUGCAGAACACUCGCCCAAAGUGAGGAAGACUUCACCUUCUCGUGCUGGAAGGGGCCGGAGCCCAAGAUCGCCCACCAGGAAGCCGAUAAGCCCCAGUACCUGGUCGCGGAAACCAUCGUCUCUUAGCAGAUCCCCCCAAAGACCAAUGACAGGCCCAGAGAGCUCCCCAAUCAAGGGCAUCCUAAAGACGACAACGACAACAAGCACGGCUCAUCGAGACCCCCAGACGGAUGGGUUCAGCCUUUCCCGACCAAUGUCCUCCCUCAGCGAGGGCGACAGGACCCUAGACUCCAGCGCUGACAUUGUCAACUAUGCCAGGGCUAUUCUGGACAUGGACUACAGUGCCUCCCCUGUGCACUCUAUGGAGAGAUCACAAGAGCCCAGACGAAGACCCCAACCAGCACCCUCCCGACAGGAACCACCUCAAAAGACGCAAGGAAAAGCCCCAAAAACAAAGGCUCUCUCACAGAUGGUCAGACUGCAGAGGCCAGAGGUCACUCGCAAGUGGAAAGAGGUCAAUCGACAACGUCAGCUGCAGGAGGAGGAGGAGAGACUGACAGCUCGACAGGAGCAGUAUGAGAAGCAGUCAUCGACCUUUGACCCCAAUCUACAGAAGGAGAAGCAAAAAGACUAUGGCACGAAGCAGAUCCCAGGCUCUAGCCCCAGGCAGACAGUGCCUCGUCGUGUGAAGACGUACACGGAGAGACUGCAGGAAAUGAAACCACGCCAGAAGUCUUUUGUCCCUGUCGCGACAAGGCCAAGUUCUGUGCGGACUGGGUCGUCAGCGACAGUGCGGUCAACUGGUCGGGUGCGUCCCCCCCAUAGACCACAGACCUACGUGGAGCAGCUUCAGAACAUCAGCUCCCGAGCUUCCGCUUCUGCAAGAUCUACAGCUCGUAGGAAGGCGGCCCCUGUUCUAAAGCGAACGUUCCUGCGCUCCCACGGACCGAUCCACAAACCAAAGACGUACACAGAGCAGCUGCAAGAACUGAACCCUCACCCGCAGACACAGCCAGUGGCCAGAGGGAGGGCACGCAUGCAGGGAACAGUAACUGUGAGCAGCUCAGCAUCUCGUACCCAAGCGAGGUCGCGACCUUACUCUGACCCCUAUGCGGAUAUGGAUUACGAGGAGCUGGCCUCCGUCUUGAGUGACUGGGACAUGGAUGAGAACGUCCGCAACAUCAUCUAUGGUGGAUCCACUGUUGCCAGUUCUGUAGGAUUUAUGGUCGAUGACAUGGACAUGAGUGUGUCCGGCGGUGACUUCCGACGUGGGGUUGCACCGUCUGAGGGCCAGUCGGACUAUUAUGAUGUCAUCAUGGACAACGACACUGACGCUCACCUCAGGUCGCUGGACAGAGAAGAGUUUGGUCACGGAGACUACCGAUCCUCGGUGGACAUUGCGGAGAUAGAGCGUAUCGCUGACGCCGCUUCGGUUGGCAGUGGCAGUGUGCUCAGUGUCAUCGACUGGGAUGCCAUAGACGAUAUCAUUAGAGAUGCAUGA